AUGCCGUUGACGACGACGACUACAAGCGCCCUCACGGUGCCAACGGCUACCACAGGCAAGUUUCAUCCUCCAGCCAACGGCAUCUACGGCACCAGCGCAGCCCCACCCCAGCAACUGCAGUCGCUGACGCCCCUGCAGCCUCAGGACAGAUCUGCUCUCAGGACACGUCCUGGGCUCCAUCAGCGCAGCGAUCUGCAACGCCGCCUCCAUCUGCGACACCGCCUCCAGCGCGGCGUGCGCGACUCCAUGCUGCUGCUGAGGCCUUGGGUGAGGCGGCCCCAGGCAUUCCUAGUGAGGCCGCGCACCGAUUCCGUGACGUUUCAGGCCUUGGUGUUCGCGUUCUUGCCCCUUCCUCCCACCAGCACUGACUACCAACACGCAGCGCCGACCUCAAGCACAAUCCUGAACCCCAUCUUCCUUGUCUUCUACUUGCGCCGGCUCGUGUCCGAUAUCAUCCACAUCUUCUAUUUGUACCGAUUGGCGUCUUAUUUCCAGCAGGAGCUAGGGGACCCCACACGUGACCAGUUAGUGAAGUUAUUACGACGGUAUUUUGCUUAUGCUCCAUGGGUUGUAUCUAACCAGUCAGCUACGACGUUGCUUUCAGCGCGUGUGGUGCAUGCGGGAAGUGGCAGCAUGUAUUAUCAUUGA